GCCACUCUUUGGAAGAUGAGGACAAGGAAGCUUCCCUGCCCGGUAGAAAAAGUGUGGGUAGACAAGCACAAAUACGAUGAAGCAGAGAGACUCCACUAUGAAAGAGAAGCUAUGCUAGCUGCCGCAGCCCCUGAGGAGUGCCAGGAGGUAGAGGCUGUAAAUGGAGUCUGCAACGAUGACUCUGCUGAAAGUGAAUGCAAAGGAGACCUGAAAAGAGGAAAAAAUGGAAAGAAACAAAAGAAAAGGAAGCGUUCUCCAAAACCCAAAAAUGUGGUCUCCAAGGUAGACUUUAUUCUGACGGGCUUAUUAGCUGAUCAUGUGUGGUUUGACAAGCCUUUUUAUGAUCAUGCUGAGAACGUGUACAGGAAAAACAUAGUGGAUUGUCAGAACCAGGAGGCACUUGAGACUGAACUAACUGCUGAGCAGUCUGCUUUAGCGUCCAGGUCAGAAGUUGUCCAAGAUGUUUCUAAGCCGAGGAUGUUUUCAGCAACCCUGUCCUGCUCCCAUGGUAGUCUGACUGCAUGUCACCAUAUUGUUCAGGAUGUCUGGGUCAACAAGGUUGACUUUGAUAAGGCUGAGAAGGUGUUCGUCGAAAAAUCUCAGCUCUUUGUUCCUCCACAUGUCCUAACCAUUCCAGCUGUGUGGUCAAAUGGUAAUGUUGGACUGAGGACACCGGAUGAAGGUUACGUUACAGCCUUGCCUACUCCUGCUACGCCAAGUUUAGCUCUGGAUGUCGUAGCUCAUCCUGAUGCUUCCUUCGUUACCGAUCUGUCUGGCUCCGUACACCAGACGGUAAAUGGUAAGCCGCAGAUUUCAAGCUUGCAGGCCCUCAUGUCGGAGGUGUGGCUAGAGAAACCUCUCUACGACGAUGCUGAGAAGAGCUUCUACGAGAACAUGUUUGACGGGCACCCGCCAGGCAAAGCCAGGCUGCAGAACCAUGGCUGCCCUGAAGCCUCGAAGAGGGACCAUAAAGACAGGAAGAGUCACAGCACUGGGAAGCAAACGGACAUCAAGCAUGUGGAGAUCGCCAGCUCUCUGCUUCCCGGUGAUGCCGAUCACCCUCCACCUACUUGCUACUUUCUGCAUGAGGACAGUGAAUCUGUGUGGCUUCACAAGUCGCUGUAUGACAGUGCCGAGGCACGAUACUAUGCGUUGGAGGCUCAGAAAAUGUCAAGAACAGGAGAGAGCGUGGGGGUGCCGGAACCCACAGUAGUAAAACCUUCUCAACCAGCUUCUUACGCUGCGAGUGUACCUGCUCUGGAAACUAAAAAAAUGGCAGUCGACUUCCUUUCACAUGAGAAGAUCUGGUUUGAGAAGUUCAAGUAUGAUGAUGCUGAGAGAAGAUAUUACGAGCAGAUGAAUGGGCCAGUUAGUUCUUCACAGCAACAGGAGAACGGAGCCAGCACGAUCCUACGCGACAUUGCCAGAGCCAGGGAGAAUAUCCAGAAAUCGCUGGCCGGAAAGACAGUUCCGCGUAGUAAAGAAGCUCCCUCUGCCCGUCACAAGAGGCAGUCAGGCCGCUCAACUAGUGCAAGCACAACCUCGUCUGGGCCUACUGGUGAUCAAAAUGAGCUCAUUUCCAGAAUUUCUCACCUGGAGGUAGAAAACCAAAACCUUCGCAGUGUUGUUGCAGAUCUUCAGCUGGCCAUCUUCAAGUUGGAAAGCCGCCUGAAUACUCUGGAAAAAUCAUCUACCUCCCAUCAGCCCGUAUCGAUUCCACCAACCCAGAAAGUGGAACCAUUCAGUGUUCCCUCCAAGAAAGUGGAGCUCCCAUCUGCUUCAAUUGCAAAGAAAGUUGAGCCAGCUGCUGCAGAGGAUGACGAGGAUGAUGACAUUGACCUUUUUGGUAGUGAUGAUGAAGAGGAAGACCAAGAGGCUGCCAAAGUCCGGGAAGAGAGACUGCGUCAGUAUGCAGAGAAGAAGUCCAAGAAACCGGGUCUAAUUGCGAAGUCUUCUAUCCUUCUAGAUGUUAAGCCAUGGGAUGAUGAGACUGACAUGACAAAGAUGGAGGAGUGUGUGCGGUCCAUCCAUAUGGACGGGCUUGUGUGGGGAGCCUCCAAGCUGGUCCCAGUAGGCUAUGGCAUUAAGAAGCUCCAGAUCCAGUGCGUAGUGGAGGAUGACAAAGUUGGGACAGACAUCCUGGAGGAGGAGAUCACCAAGUUUGAAGACUAUGUGCAGAGCGUUGACAUUGCUGCUUUCAACAAGAUCUAGAAGCAAACCUGUAUCCUCUCUGAAAGUGUAAUUAAUAAAGGUCAAGAUUGGGA